AUUUACUGUGCACUUAAUUAUUUAUUCUAUUAUUUUUGUGAAUAAACUCUCCUCACAAUGACUAGCCGUGGAGGAGCAAAGAAAGAGCUGGACCCCGAAGAACAGAUACGGCAGAAAUUUCGCGCCAAAUGCUUAUUUCGUGCUCUCGGGCGUUUUGUUAUGGCUAAUACGUAUUGGUUGAUAGAAGCAGUUGACCAUUACGAAGGCGUGGAGGAUGUUAAAAGAAGGGUGGAACAAGCAGUGCGAGGAAAGGCUAAGAAAAAACAGCUAUUGACUGUUACUGAUAAAGCACUUUUAAAUAAACCUGCUGAAGAAAGAACAGAGCAGGAGAAAAAGUACAUAUAUCGUAUCAUUGGAGGAUUAAAAUGUUUCAAACGUUAUCCAAAUCAUGUUAAAAAGAAAUUGGCUGCGGUGACGUACUUUAAGUACUACGGGCCAGGACGGACCAUAGUUCGUCAACACCACGAAGCCCACGCUCUAUACUUCAUAAUGACUGGUGACAUCAUCGUUAGCCAGAUGGUGUUUGAUGAGUUGCUCCAACAAAAUGUUUCCGUGGACGUCGGUGUUAUGCACCCUGGUGAUAUGUUUGGUGAAGUAUCUUUGCUCCAUAACAUUCCGAGAACUGCGACUGUUACUACUGCUGGUCACUGUGAAUUGCUGGUAUUAAUGAAAGAAGAUUUCAAAAAUGUGCUCCAAGCGUCUGUGCAGAAACAAUGGGAUGAAGUGCGACAUGCGAUGUCGGCAUUCACGUACUUCGAAGCUCUCGAUGAGGUCGCCCGUCGUGAAGGUUGUAUAGUAGCUAAAAUGAAGUCGUACAAGCCGAAUGAAACCCUCCUCGGAGACGGCGUGGGAGUGGCCAAUUUUGUCUACUUUAUUUUAUCAGGCCGUUGUCAGAUGAUUGAGACCAUUCAAGUGAUCGUCACAACUCGUUUAGGACGAAGUUAUUAUGCACUCUACGAUCCAUAUGUUCCAGAAGAAGAAAGCGAGCAAGAUUUUGAAACCAAAUAUUUUGGGGCAUACAAAAAUCUCAACAAAGAUACACGUGAUUCAGUUGAUAGUACACAUGAAUCUAUUCACGAAGAACAGAAUAAAAACAAUACUGUGCCUGAAGGGAUACAUAGUAUAUUGAAGCCUUUAAGUAGUAAUAAACAAAAACGAUCGGGAAGUUUGAAGUGCAACAGCGAAAAUGUACAUAUUGAUAAUAAGGACAAUUUGGUUAAAGACGGUGUUAAAAGCGAAACAUUAAAAGCACAGUCAGGGCGCUCUUCUUCUGUGAAGUCGCAAGUACUGUUGGAGCCUUCGGAACACACCCGACAAUCUAUCAGAUUAAGUGUGAUUCCUGAAAAAAUUCAACCCGCAUCGGCACCUUUAAAUAUUCGGACCUAUUUCAUGCAGGUGUGCCAGUUCAACCCGGGUUCAAGUUUUGGUUUCGGUGAGAAUAUGCGUGACCGCCGCAUAGUAGCGUUAACUCCGGUUGACUGUAUGCUACUUCCGAAGAUAUGGCUGCUCCAGCGAAAUACUGCCAACAUUUGGUCUCGUAUUCAACAUUAUCUAGAGAAAAAGAUACCAACAAAGAAGCAAUUGUUUAAAGAGUUCGUCUCCCAACGUCGCUGGCAAGAGUUUCGCGAACAGAUGGUAAACGAUGUCGUUUCCCGCUCAAACACCGUUAACUGGACCUCCGUCCAUGAUGUACCGUACUCUAUUAGAAUGGAGGAAAUGUUUGACAUUUGAAAUAUAAAACAAUAAUUGUUAACUUUUUAAAAUAUUAACUCAUUUGAUAUACAAGUAAUGUAUGCAGUUGUAUUAAAUUUUAUGU